UUGUCAGGGGCAGCGCGUCAGUUAGCUAACGCUGGAUUAAGGGCCUUCUGUUAAUGAUGACACACUUAUGUAUCAAUUUAAACGACAGUCGGCACAUCUGCUUUCUCGCUCCAAACUACCCUGUUUCUUUGGGUAAAAGCAGCGGACACGACGACGUCGAAUUUUAUCGAAACAGCCAGAGGUUUGCUCCGUAGCUAGCUAGCUAGUUAUAUUUGCUAACGGCAAGCAGCCAACAACAUAAUCAAACAGACCUUAUCUGUUCGAGUCGUGCAGUAACGUUGCCCAAAUAGAUAUAUAAUACACCCAGCUUUCUAUUGCGGUUUGGUUUGCUCUAGUUUAAAAUGGAAGACAUUCUGGAGGAUUUGACAGAGCAGGAGGAAACCGUCAGCGACGAAGCAUCAUCGCCCCCCUACAAUUCUCCUUUUCGGUCCACUCGACUGCACAUCCAGAGAAGUAAUGUCUGCUCUCGGGCUUAUUUCGUUGUGGUCAUGGUCUUCUUUCAUGUGUACAUCCUGAAUGUUAUCGCCCUGCUACUCUACGUCCACUACAACAACGGCCCCGGGGAUCUGGUCAGUGGAGACGGAGUCUCCUCAGCACCAGUCAGCGACAGUAUAAACCGUUUACCCUCUCCUGGCCCACCCUCAGGAGAGCUACAUGUGGAGGACUACAGUCAGAGUUUCAGUCUUCCUCGCAUUGAGGGGAUACGGGUUGGACAUGUUCAGCAGGUGUCAGUUGUGCCUGACAAGACGCAUGAGAUGAGGACACUCAGCCUAAAGCCUCUGCUAUUUGAGAUCCCUGGCUUCCUGUCUGAGGAGGAGUGCCGUGUGGUGGUGCAGCUGGCUCAACUCAAGGGUCUGAUGGACAGCCAAGCGACAGCACCCAGCCAGGGACAAGAAGAAUCAAACCAGCCACUUCUUUCUCUCAGCACAGAUGAGGUCUUCAGUCUGUUGGACUUGAACCAAGAUGGACUGCUUCAGAAACAAGAGAUUGUGAGUCAUUCACGCUCUCGAGAUGGAACUUGGUUGAGCCCAGACAACUUACGACAGAUACUGACUGGUCUGGAAGCCUGCCCAACAGGGAUGCUGACCUUGGGAGACUUUAGGCGUGUUUAUGAUGUGUCCCAACGUUCAGGAGAAGCACAAAGUGGGAGGCUUCUUAGUCAGUUCAACCAGAGAAGCAAGCAUACAUGGCUCCACCAAGGCCCAGGAUCUCACCAUGUGCUGCACACACUCAGGAACAGAGUAAUCAGUCUCACACGCUUGCCCUCUGCAUUGGUUGAACUGAGUGAACCACUGCAGGUGAUCCGCUAUGAGAAUGGAGACUUCAGUAAUGCCCAUCAUGAUAGCAGCCCUUCCCACUCAGAGACAACCUGUGCACACACACGACUGGCAGGAAACACAUCUGCUCUCACAGAGGUGUCUUGCAGGUAUCUCACCGUGUUAUUCUACCUCAGCUCUGUAGAGGAAGGUGGUGAAUCCACCUUUCCUGUGGCAGACAAUCGUACCUACGAAGAGCAGGCACUGGUCCAGGAUGGAGUUGAUUUGACAGACACCCAGGAGACAUGUGGCAGAGGGAAUCUGAGAAUGAAACCUACUUCUGGUACAGCUCUGCUCUGGUACAACCAUCUCUCUGAUGGCAGAGGUUGGAUGGGGGAGUUAGAUGAGUAUUCCUUGCACGGCGACUGCCCAGUCAGGCGUGGGGUGAAGUGGGUGGCCAACAGCUGGGUAAAUGUGGACCCAGAUCACCGGCAGCAGGCCCGGUACCAGAGACUAGUGGCUCAAAGGUAUCAAGCUAAAUCUGGCAGGGAGGACCAUUAUCAAUCUCUUUCACACAGUGACCUCCACCAGGAUCUAUAGCUAAACCUUUUCAUUGAAGCCAGUGAGAUCUGAUAGACCUUUCCAGUCAGAUGUUUCGCUAGAAUGAAAAUUGCGCAAAAUGGCAGCACAUACCUUUUUUUCGGUAAAUUUGUUUUGGUGAAUUUUACUAUAGAUAUUACCACAGACUUGUGGGGGCAAAUUAACUGAAUUCCUGACAAAUAAUUUAUAAAACAAAAUAACAAAUACACACCAAUUUGACAGGUGAAUGGUGUUCACUAUGAAAUCGCACUUUCAAAAAAUUAUCUGUAACAAUUAUGUACAGACGCCAUGAUAUGAGUUGGAAAAAAAUGCAGUCAUGUCUAAGAAAUAGGCCUGCUUGACUGCCUUCUACACUGCCCGGCCAAAAAAAAAAAAGUCACACACUAAUACUUUGUUGGACUGCCUUUAACUUUGACUAUGGCACUCAUUCGCUGUGGCAUCGUUUCGAUAAGCUUCUGCAAUGUCACAGCAUUUAUUUCUGUCCAGAGAUUCAUUCAUUUUCCCCAAGAUCUUAUAUUGAUGAUGGGAAAGUCGGACAGCUGUGCAAAGUCUUCUCCAGCACAUUCCAAAGAUUCUCAAUGGGGCUGAGGUCUGGACUCUGUGGAGGCUAGUCCAUGUGUGAAAAUGAUGUCUCAUGCUCCCUGAGCCACUCAUUCUCAGUGUGAGCCCCAUGAAUCCUGGCAUUGUCAUCUUGGAAAGAGUUGGUCAUUCAGUAUAUUCAGGUAGUCAGCUGACCUCAUUCUUUGGGAACAUAAUGUUGCUGAACCUGACCAACCCCAGAUCAUAACCCUAACCCCCACAGGCUGGUAGGCACUAGCCAUGAUGAGUGCAUCACUUCACUAACCUGGUUAAAUAAAUGCUAAAUAAAAUAAAAUCAUCUGCCUCUCUUCUUACCCUGAUGCCUCCAUCACUUUGGAACAGAGUAAAUCUGGACUCAUCAGACCAUAUUUGUUCCUCGAAGAUGAUGGUUCACCAUUAUCCAGGUUUUAAUAAUGCGUUGGACGGUUCCUAUCCUGAUUUUAGUCAUUUCAGAAAUCUCCUUUGUUGUUUUCUGUGCUUGAUACAGGCCAAAUUAUUUGACCAUUCUGAAACAAAUUAACAUCCUUUCUACUACCACAGGAUAUAUCUUCCAACACGGUUGUUUAAGAAAUGAGAAGCUCCUCACUGCAUCAGCUAGGGUUAAAUAAGUUGUUGCAGCUGAAACGUAUUCAUCACUGCAGUAAUUAUCCAAUGGAAGGCUCUUACCUAUUUGCUUAAUUAAAUCCAGGUGACGAAUUUUUUUUUUUUGGUCAGGCAGUGUGUAUGGGUUUACUAGGCAACUGCCCCGUUUACAGGUCAAUGUUAUUUAUUCUUAUGGAAUUGAAGCCUUUUGUUACAAGCCAUAUCACAAUAUUCAUAUGUGAGUGUAUUCUUGAGGGAUGUUUUUGUGAGAUCUUGUAUAUCUGUUUUGUUCUUCACUUUUGUUUCCAGAGUUAAUGAGCUUUUAUCAUAAAGUGUUAUUUAAGAAGCGUUUGCUAUACCCACUGCAAAAGCAGGGCUGCUGUAGACUGGACAAAACGAUCACUUGUCACACUGGCUGUGCAAGGUCUGUCCUUCAGGUGUAAUUUAAACUAAGAUUAACUUUGGAAUCCCAAUUUUUGUGUUUCUUAUUCUCACAACUCAAAGAUAUUUAUUGUCUAAGACUAUUUAUUUGAGUGUUAUUUAUUACCACCGCCUGGUGAUUUAAGUUAAAGUGUGAAUAUUUAUAACGGCUUGAUGUUGCACCGAAUCUGUCACUGUGUUUGUUUUGCAUUUCAUUUAUGUUCUAAAGUAUAUAAAGCAAUGUUUUAUUUGUA